UGAAAAAAAGUUUGACAGUUCCCAAGACGUAACCACCCACCAUAUUGAAAAAUAAUAGUAGUUUAUCGAUGAUGAACUGAUGAUGAGCGAGUGGAAAUCGUGUAUUUGGUGAUUGAAUAUUAAUGUAUUAUAUUAAAAAUGGCUGGAAAUUUUGGAAUGCAGCAGUUGAUUCCUAUCGUAAACAAAUUACAAGAUGCAUUUGUACAAAUGGGCGUGCACAUGUCCUUAGAUCUUCCACAAAUCGCUGUUGUGGGUGGUCAGUCGGCAGGAAAGAGUUCUGUUUUAGAGAAUUUUGUCGGGAGGGAUUUUUUACCAAGAGGCUCUGGCAUUGUCACACGUCGUCCAUUAAUUCUGCAGCUUAUAAAUGGAAAUACAGAAUAUGCAGAAUUCUUACACUGCAAGGGAAAGAAGUUCACGGACUUCAAUGAAGUUCGAGGAGAGAUCGAGGCGGAGACAGAUCGUGUUACUGGUUCCAACAAGGGUAUAUCUCCUGUACCUAUUAACCUGCGUGUUUAUUCCCCGAAUGUGCUCAACCUGACGCUGAUUGAUUUGCCGGGUCUGACAAAAGUGCCAAUCGGUGAUCAGCCUAUAGAUAUCGAGCAGCAAAUCAAAGGGAUGAUAUUCCAGUUCAUCAGACGCGAAUCAUGCCUUAUCCUGGCAGUUACUCCGGCCAACACGGAUUUGGCCAACAGCGAUGCUCUGAAGCUUGCCAAAGAAGUAGACCCACAAGGAUUGCGUACUAUCGGCGUAAUAACAAAAUUAGAUUUGAUGGACGAGGGUACCGAUGCGCGGGACGUGCUCGAGAACAAGCUGCUGCCGCUGCGCCGAGGCUACAUCGGAGUCGUCAACCGAUCGCAGAAAGACAUUGACGGUCGCAAGGACAUAGCCGCUGCACUUGCGGCUGAGAGAAAAUUCUUCCUUAGCCACCCGUCAUACCGUCAUUUGGCCGAUCGUCUCGGUACCCCUUACCUACAGCGAGUGUUGAACCAACAGCUCACCAACCAUAUCCGCGACACUCUGCCCAGUCUCCGUGACAAGUUGCAGAAACAACUACUGACCUUGGAGAAGGACGUCGACCAGUACAAGCAUUUCCGACCCGAUGACCCGUCUAUUAAAACUAAGGCCAUGUUGCAAAUGAUUCAGACUUUGCAAACCGAUUUUGAACGCACCAUCGAAGGUUCCGGAUCGGCGCAGAUCAACACCAACGAAUUGUCCGGUGGCGCUAAGAUCAACAGGCUUUUCCACGAACGUUUUCCUUUUGAAAUUGUCAAAAUGGAGUUUGACGAAAAGGAACUGCGCCGCGAGAUCGCGUUCGCCAUUCGAAAUAUCCACGGUAUCCGAGUGGGUUUGUUCACACCGGAUAUGGCGUUUGAGGCUAUCGUGAAAAAGCAGAUCGGACGUCUGAAGGAGCCGUGCCUGAAGUGCGUCGAUCUGGUUGUGCAGGAGCUGUCCAACGUUGUACGGAUUUGCACCGAACGAAUGUCUCGUUACCCGCGCCUGCGCGAAGAGACGGAGCGCAUCAUAAUGUCGCACGUGCGCUCGCGGGAGCAGAUGUGCAAGGAUCAGCUGGUGCUGCUCAUCGACUGCGAACUGGCUUAUAUGAAUACCAAUCAUGAAGAUUUCAUUGGAUUCGCGAACGCACAAAAUCAGUCUGAGAACUCUGCGAAGUCAGGACAUCGAGCGCUCGGAAAUCAGGUGAUCCGAAAAGGAUACAUGUGCAUUCACAAUCUGGGAAUUAUGAAGGGAGGUUCCCGCGACUACUGGUUCGUACUGACUUCUGAGAGCAUCUCGUGGUACAAGGAUGAAGAGGAGCGGGAGAAGAAGUACAUGUUGCCCCUCGACGGGCUCAAGUUGAGAGAUCUCGAGCAGGGCUUCAUGUCGCGGCGACACAUGUUCGCACUCUUCAACCCUGAAGGCAGAAAUGUUUACAAGGAUUACAAGCAAUUGGAGUUGUCGUGUGAAACUCAAGAUGACGUCGAUUCGUGGAAGGCUUCGUUCCUGCGCGCGGGAGUCUACCCCGAGAAGACAUCGGAGGCGGCCAACGGCGACGAGUUAUUUCCGCCUUCCCUGGGUUUGGGUGAAAAUGCAGGAAGAAAUUCGGACAGCACAGGCACCAGCAGUAUGGACCCGCAGUUAGAGAGGCAGGUGGAGACCAUCCGUAAUCUGGUGGAUUCGUACAUGCGCAUCGUGACGAAGACAACGCGAGAUCUCGUCCCCAAGACAAUCAUGAUGAUGAUUAUCAAUAAUGCCAAAGACUUCAUUAAUGGAGAAUUACUCGCGCAUCUGUAUGCGUCCGGGGAUCAGUCUCAAAUGAUGGAAGAGUCUCCCGAGGAGGCACUGAAGCGUGAAGAGAUGUUGCGCAUGUACCACGCGUGCAAGGAGGCGCUGCACAUCAUCGGCGACGUGUCCAUGGCCACCGUGAGCACGCCCGUCCCGCCGCCCGUCAAGAACGACUGGCUCGAGAGCAGACUCGACUCCAACCCGAGACUGUCGCCGCCCUCGCCCGGCGGCCCGCGCCGCGCCGCACCCGCGCAGCAAGGUUCAUUGGGUCAGCGCGGAGCUCCCCCGCCGCCCGGAGCGGGUGCAGGACGUCCGGCGCCGCCGCUCCCCUCGCGGCCGGGAGGCGCCGCCCCCCCGCCCCCCGCUGCCAGACCCGUGCCCUCACAGGGUCUGCCCGCACCGCUCAUUCCCACGCGACCCGGCGGGGCGAGUGCUGGCGGUGCGAUGAACCAACUCCCGCCGCAAAUGAGGAACCAGAUCAACCAGGCCGUCGGGCAGGCCGUCACCAACGCGGCCAUCAACGAGCUCAGCUCCGCCUUCGCGAGAUUCAAUCGCCCGAUGCCGAAUAUGCCGCCGAAACUGCCCGAACGACCGCAGAACGGUCGGCCAUUUUGAACGCGCUCCGCCUUCGCCGCCAUCUUGUGAUUAGCUUUUAUCAUGUAAAUAUAUUUUUUAUCUUGUAUAUUGUUGUGUUCAAUGCGUAAAACGUUUAGUGGAUUACUUGGUGGAUGGUAUUCAAAUUUAGCAUUUUACUAUGCAAGUGGGGCCCAUUCGCGUACUUCACGAUUUUAUCGUCGAUGGUUCUGUUAUUAGGCACAAUGUUGAAAACACGUAAUGUGGACUUUAAUAAUUAAACUUAAUGAAAUAAUGUAAUCUAAUUGCAGCUUUAAUUUAUUAAAAUUGUACUUUGGAUCGAAGUUGCUUUAAAAAGUGUAUAGAUAUUUGUAUUGUAUUUCAAAUCUUUAAAAAGCGUUUUAGUAUCAUGUCGUAACGUAUAUAGAUCGACCGAUUAACUAAUGACAAUAUUUGUUAAGUUAACGAAAAAAAAUGUAUGUUUUAUAAAAACUUUGAUUUUUUUUUAAAUGGUUUUAGAAUCAACGUUUGAUAGUUUGGUUCUUAUGAAGAAUUGUUAACGGAAAAUUUACGUUGCAAAAAUACCGUAACAAAUGGGAGUUUAGUGCUAGUCGUGAAUAAUAAUAAAUAAUAAAAAAUCGCAUUUCAUCGAAAUUAUGUCUCAAAUGCUGUGGUUGUAAAACGUAAUGACCAAAUUACCUAUCACUAAAUACGGAACUAUUUUACAAUCUCUAGUAACUUAGCAUUGAGCUUACUAGGAAAUUAAUUACUAAUAAAACCUUAGAGGUUCAGGGUAUAGCUUUAUUUAAUAAUCAAAAUUAGUCUGAAAUAUAAUAAUUGCACCUGCUGUAUUCAAUAGUUUACGCUGUCGCUUUACAGAAGUAAAAAUGUGGAAAUGUAUAAUAGUAUUAACAAAUUCAUAUUUAUUAUACGAAAUAGUACUCUGCAAACCAGUUAUCGAUGUAAUUAUUUUCCUACAAUUGAUAUAGUGUCUAAACCUCGUCAAAAUUAUAUUAAGUUCAGUACAAAAAAUAAAUAUAUAAACGAAACUGACCUUAUACCUCCUUUGCUCUGUUAUGUAUUGUUAAGUAAUCUACAACCCAAGUCAAUAGAGCCUAUAAUGUUUAUUAUAAAUAAAUAUUGUAGAUCUAAUAAAUACAUCACAAGUUUCACAAUGAAAAGAGAAAAAUGAGUUUUAAUACGACUUUUUAAAUUUAAUUAAAACUAGACGAUGACCUGAUGAUUUUUUUGAUAAAGCCAUCUUGUCUUUAAAGCGGUUAGUUGCCCUCAAUUAAGAAAAAUAGUAUUAUUAUUCGCCAAUAGAUGUCGGGAAGAGUUGAUUAUUGAAAAUACGAAUAAAACAACAUUUUCUGAAAAUAAAUCCUAGCCGUUUCCGAGAUUCAGAUUGUAUAUAUAUUAAUAUACAAGAAUUGCUCGUUUAAAGGUAUAAGAUAAUACUGUGUAAGGGGAUAUUCCUUGAAAAUGAAUGUAUGCAGGUAGGUAGCUUUAGUACUGGUGAUUUGUGACACGAUAACAAUGAAGAAGAUUUGGACCGCAUGAGAUGCAACAGAAAAAGUGUUGACGUGAACAGGCAGACGUUCUUCGUUCGGAUUGCGGAUCAAAAAUACACAUUAUCAUCAUACCCAUUGGUUUUAAAAAUACAUUACCAUAUAUAACCAAUUGAUUUAAAAAAAAAAAAAAAGUAUUCAAGCCCUGUUUGCCGAUUUUGUUUAUUAGUUGUAAUAUAAUUGAAAUCCAUAAUUAAAACUUUAUAAAUUAUAGUUACUUCUAAUGUAAUAUUGGUAUCGUUAUGUAACUGUUAUUAAAACGAAACAAAGAGGAUGAGAUGGCAUCAUAAAAAAAAUCACAACUAGAAACUGAUCCGUAAAUACCUUAGAGAUUUUAGCAAAAUAUAUAUUUUGCUUUCGAUGUUAUUUCUUUAUUAUCGUUUUUCGCCUUCCCUUACACCUCGUGUAGAAUGAGAGAUUAUAUUGUAAAGUGAAAAAGUUAUUUGAAGGCAUUUACCAUACCGCCUGACGCGCGAAACAUUUAGUAACUUAGUUAUUUUGUAAUUGUUUUAUUUAUGCUGUUGUCUUUAAUAAAACUAAAGUUAUUAACAAAUAUAACACAAUCACCAUAAGUCUAUGAUAUAAGUAUCUCGUCACUAUUUUUAUUAAGGUGACAUUUAUUUAGUUUAUUUUGUUUUGUUUUAUCGAUGGAGGAAACUGGUUUUAAGAAACAUGCGUCAGCUAAGAUACAUAAGUUUAUAUUUUUUCAUUAGCGGGAAAUGGACGGGUUGUAUGAAUCAUUUAAGUUGAACACCUACGUCAGAAAUGUUGUGUUGUCAUUCGAAAAAAAUAUCGAAGAGUAAUAAAUAAAAUAUUGGAAGGAGACAGAUAUAUUAUUAGCGUUUUACAUUUCAGUAUUAGAAAAGAAAUUGUUGAAAAAACUUUUUUGAGUUUAUUAAACAACAAAAAGUAAUUAUUUUAGUUCAUUCUAUGUGUAAUUUUGUUUACAAUAAUUGUCGUCAUAUUUAAAUAACUCAAUUUAAAAACUAUUAUUCGAUAUAAGCCCUUUUGUUGAUGAUCGUUUUUAUUGAGUUCUGAAUUUUUUCUAACAUUCCCUUGCCUUCGUCUUUGCGCGUCAGAAAUCUGUAUAUAAAUGUAUAAAAUAUUAUCUAAUAGACCUGUUUAUAUACUUAUAUGCAACUGUAUUAAAUGUGUAAAUAAAAUAUAA